UAUUGUUCGGUGUGAAGUUGAGUAAAUUACUGUAUGGCUGCAGAUCUCAAGGGAAGUGAUUCCCUUUCAAAUUAUGCCUUCUGCUUUAUUUUCGGUGCGUUCAACACUGCUUAAACGGCUACUGGACUAUCAUCAAAACGUUAUUUACAACUAUCACAUGAUGCUGCAUUGUAUGUCAAGUUGUAACUUCAGGCUAUAGGCAUGGCGUCUUCCGGAUAGUGUGAAAUCGCAGAGGCUCUAAUUGAAGACAUUUCUUCAUAAGUGUUUGAUGCAUAAUAGAAGUGGAAAUCAGUAAGUUGUGGAGGAGGUCAACCGCACACAUGUUGCAACUAAGCGCAACUUUCGAUUUGCAGCAGGAUGUGGUGUCAAGUAUAUUUAAGAAAGAGGCGACUGUAGGAAUAAUCAAAGAAUACUCAGGGAUCGUUGACACUCGGAUCCUCAACAUUGAAAGGGAUGGAGGAGUCCUCUACUCCUGGAAAGGGGAAACCGGGACCACCAGGAUCGGGAAAUACGACCCCAAUACCAGACAGAAUAAGCUCCUCUACACAUUUGACAAGCAGGUGUGUGUCAGCAGCUGUUCUCUGAAUAAGGAGGAGACUCUGCUGGCGGUCAGUUUGGCACAGAGGACAAGAACAGAGGAGCGCCUCAGACCAGUUUCAAAAUGUCUGACCCUCCUCAUUGAGAUCCAUCCCAUUAACAACACUAAGGUCCUGAAGGCUGUCGACUGCCGGGUCAGAGUUCAGUUCCUCCAUCCAGACACAGAGAGGGACUCGGUGCUGGAGAGUCACCUGCUGCUGGUAGCAGAAGAUGGCUAUGUGGAGCAGCUCCAUGUGAUGCUGGUCAGACAAGAGGGUUACAGAGUGGUGAUGUUGAGCCCAGAGUGCCUGGCCAGAGACAGGGUGGCAGAGGAGUUCAGCUGGGUCCAGUGGGACAGCCAGACACAGAGACUCUUCUACCUCACACACAGGGAAAAAGCUGUGCUGAAAUGUGUGCAAUUCAGCCAUGACCGCGACUGUGAGACCUUGUUUGAGCUUGUACUGGAGUUGCCCUCUAACCCUUUCACCUGUAUGAGGUUUGUUAAUCUGGGCUUUGACCAUCACCAAGAGACGCAGCAGGAACGGGAGGAGAUGAGGAUGGUGGUGAUCACCAAUAACACAGGCAGUAUGUGUGUGUGUUACAGCCAGCCUGCUUGUGUCAACCAGGAGAUCACAUACACCAUAGUCCUGGUGCACAGAGGCUGCAGUAAAACGUUCUCAGUGGCUCUGGAUGGCACCCCUAGUCCAUGUAGUACAGAUCUCCUCCCUCUCUUCAUCCCUAUAGGUUACUAUGUGGUAGUCUACCUGUCUGGUCACUUCCUGCACUGCAUCAACACCAGGCAACAGGAGCUGCUCUGCCACAGCCUCUUCCUCUCAGGUGUUGAUGCAGAGCUGGGUGUGUUGGGAUCAGACAGUGUGGUGUUGUCUCUACCCGAGUCCUCUCUGCUGGACCUGAACACAGGCAGGAUGUACACUGUAGACCUCAACCCCUCCUUCCUCAUGGACCUACUGCACUGCAGCCACAGGAGACCUGACGCUCAACGCCUGGCUGCCCUGCACUGUCUGCUGCUCUACAUGGGACCCAACGCUGCACUAGAACUGAAGAUCAUAGAUUGGAUCUGUGACAAUGUCAUGCCGUUCGACACCUUCGAUCAAAUUCAGGAAUUUAUUCUGGCGUCACUGUACAGGAUCAUCUAUAAGAAGUGUCUCAGUCUGGAUGAAGUCCUACCCUACUCCUCUGUGUUUGAGAAGAAGAAGGUACCUGAGGCUCUAGACCAGGUCCCCGGUGUCACCUGCACCACAGAGCUCCAUGCUGAACCAGUGUUCAAAGGAAAGGCCAGGAGUCUCCAGGGUUAUUGGGAAGAGCUGCAGUGGAGCACAGAAAAGAUGAAGUACUUUGAGGCGGUUCCAAACCCACGAUACAGAGCAUCUCAGAACCUGCCAGACUGGACCAAGCUGCUCACUACCCUGAAGUUAGAGAAGUCAAAGAACAAGAAGGCUUCUAACUAUCUACGUCACAUUGAGGAGAACACUAAACAAGUUCUGUCGAAGGUGGACAGCUGGAAUCUUGAUCAGAAAGUGGUUCUGUUGUUCCAGGAGGAGGAUAGCCAGCAGAGGGCGCUCAUAGGCCUGAUGGUGGACAAGCUGAGAGAGCACCUCAACAGACACCUGCCUCGUCUGGGGAAGAAGAAGAUCGACGUGCUGGUGGUGAACUACGUGGCCAAGCUGCUGGAGCUGAUCAGACGCAUGCUGGAGUCUGUGUGGCUGAAGUACAAACUAGGCCCUCUGGUGCUGUGCUUAAAGCAGCAGGGCAGUUCAGCGGAGUGGACCGUGUUUCACGUGAUGUGUCGGAUACUGGAGGCUACAAAGACUCUGUGUCUCCCCCUCCCUCCUGGGUAUCACACUCUACUGUCCGUGUUGGGGGUUCGCUGUCUCCCCAGACACACCUUCCUGCAGUACGUUGACCAUGGUGUGCUGCAGCUCACCGAGACCUUCGUCUCACGACUCAUGACAGAUCUAGACAACAGUGAUGCCAACGAGGAGCUGAAGUUCAGCAUUGUGAAGAGACUACCAGAGUCCAUGGAGCAGAGGAUCUGUCACCUGUGGGAUCACCCCAUCAGUUCAGCCUGUAUCUCCAGAGACUAUGUCAGAGGCCUGCUGGAGAAACACGCCAAAACCAAAGGUUCUAUGUUCAUGGAGAGAGACGAGCCUGGCUUCAGGCCUGAGUUCCUGCCUCUCACCUUCCUGACCAAAAUUCUGUUGGAUGUGGAAGACCGAGUUCUGAACCCUUUUGAGGAGCAGGAGAAUGUGGAUGCCAGGUUUGUGGAGGAGACGGCUCUGAAACAGACUCUGAUCCUGAUGGGCUUCCAGGACAAGUGAGGGAGGGAGAGACCGAGGUGAAGAAAGAGGGGGAGCAGGUCAAGGCUCCAAGUUUUCACUCAACACUCCAUAUUCCACUAGUACUCAGUGAGCAUGGACUGUGUCAGUGAGCGUGGACUGUGUCAGUGAGCGUGGACUGUGUCAGUGAGCGUGGACUGUGUCAGUGAGCGGGGACUGUGUCAGUGAGCGGGGACUGUGUCAGUGAGCGGGGACUGUGUCAGUGAGCGUGGACUGUGUCAGUGAGCGUGGACUGUGUCAGUGAGCGUGGACUGUGUCAGAGAGCGGGGACAGAGAGCGGGGACUGAGUCAGAGAGCGGGGACUGAGUCAGAGAGCGGGGACUGUGUCAGAGAGCGGGGACUGUGUCAGAGAGCGGGGACUGUGUCAGUGAGCGUGGACUGUGUCAGUGAGCGGGGACAGAGAGCGUGGACUGUGUCAGAGAGCGGGGACUGUGUCAGAGAGCGGGGACAGAGAGCGGGGACUGUGUCAGAGAGCGGGGACUGUGUCAGAGAGCGGGGACUGUGUCAGAGAGCGGGGACUGUGUCAGAGAGCGGGGACUGAGUCAGAGAGCGGGGACUGAGUCAGAGAGCGGGGACUGAGUCAGAGAGCGGGGACUGAGUCAGAGAGCGGGGACUGAGUCAGAGAGCGGGGACUGAGUCAGAGAGCGGGGACUGAGUCAGAGAGCGGGGACUGAGUCAGAGAGCGGGGACUGAGUCAGAGAGCGGGGACUGAGUCAGAGAGCGGGGACUGAGUCAGAGAGCGGGGACUGAGUCAGAGAGCGGGGACUGAGUCUGAGAGCGGGGACUGAGAGCGUGGACUGUGUCGGUGAGCGGGGACUGUGUCAGUGAGCGGGGACAGAGAGCGGGGACUGUGUCAGAGAGCGGGGACUGUGUCAGAGAGCGGGGACAGAGAGCGGGGACUGUGUCAGAGAGCGGGGACUGUGUCAGAGAGCGGGGACUGUGUCAGAGAGCGGGGACUGUGUCAGUGAGCGGGGACUGAGUCAGUGAGCGGGGACUGAGUCAGAGAGCGGGGACUGAGUCAGAGAGCGGGGACUGAGUCAGAGAGCGGGGACUGAGUCAGAGAGCGGGGACUGAGUCAGAGAGCGGGGACUGAGUCAGAGAGCGGGGACUGAGUCAGAGAGCGGGGACUGAGUCAGAGAGCGGGGACUGAGUCAGAGAGCGGGGACUGAGUCAGAGAGCGGGGACUGAGUCAGAGAGCGGGGACUGAGUCAGAGAGCGGGGACUGAGAGCGUGGACUGUGUCAGUGAGCGGGGACUGUGUCAGAGAGCGGGGACUGUGUCAGAGAGCGGGGACUGUGUCAGAGAGCGGGGACUGUGUCAGAGAGCGGGGACUGUGUCAGAGAGCGGGGACUGUGUCAGAGAGCGGGGACUGUGUCAGAGAGCGGGGACUGUGUCAGAGAGCGGGGACUGAGUCAGAGAGCGGGGACUGUGUCAGAGAGCGGGGACUGAGUCAGAGAGCGGGGACUGAGUCAGAGAGCGGGGACUGAGUCAGAGAGCGGGGACUGAGUCAGAGAGCGGGGACUGAGUCAGAGAGCGGGGACUGAGUCAGAGAGCGGGGACUGAGUCAGAGAGCGGGGACUGAGUCAGAGAGCGGGGACUGAGUCAGUGAGCGGGGACUGAGAGCGGGGACUGAGAGCGGGGACUGAGAGCGUGGACUGUGUCAGUGAGCGGGGACUGUGUCAGAGAGCGGGGACUGUGUCAGAGAGCGGGGACUGUGUCAGAGAGCGGGGACUGUGUCAGAGAGCGGGGACUGUGUCAGAGAGCGGGGACUGUGUCAGAGAGCGGGGACUGAGUCAGAGAGCGGGGACUGAGUCAGAGAGCGGGGACUGUUUAAAGUACACUUUAAAUGUUGAUCACUCAAUAUUCCAAUACAUGAGAAUCUAUGAAAAUACAUCAGAUUCUGAUGAACAAUGGGUCUGGUGACAAUAGUCAUCGGUUAAGCAUUCAUUUGACAGAUUUAUAUUUCUGCCCUCUCUGCCUGUUGCUCAACCCUCCCACACAGACCAGAUGGAUGAGGCUCUUACAGUAAGAAGGGACGUUCUCUGGAAGGUGUCUGAAUUACCACAACAUGUCCUGUAUGAUGUCUGUAUAUUUCCAUUCCUGAGGAACUGAUGCAUGGUCAGAUUUCAGGAAUAACACCGUUAUGUGGAAUCCAGGAAAUGUGUUGAUCAGGUACAAUAAUAAACAGGAAAAGGGAUUUUUGUUGUAAUGUUUACACGUGUAAAGCCAUAUUGUAUCAAUGAAACUCUAAAUAAAAUAUUUGUUGCUAACAA